AUGUCUCGCAAAUCGAGUCGCAAUGCCUAUGCGCCGAUUGGCGCGGCGCCAAACCCAUUGGAAAUUGACCAUGCUUCUGGACACAAAAAGUCCAAAAGAAAUCAGCCUCGACUAGACCAGUCGAGCAAUACCUAUACAGAGAGACCUACACCGAAAAAUUCCUCGCCGAAGCACGGAGGAGGACAAGCUUCCUGCAGCACAUCCAGCGACGAUGACGCCGAUGGAGAUGUCAGCAAUUUGGACGCUGCCGAGCCUGAUGAAGAGAGUGACGACGAUGGGGAGGGGGAUGCAUUUGCCCUGUCUGGUCGCGCCAUCAAGGGGGAUGGAGAUCAGGCGGGGCGUAGCAAAGAAGACGUUGGCGAUCGCGAAUCAAUCUUUGAGGGAAAGAAGAGCCAUGGCCCCACCGCUUCCAAGGGCAAAACUAAAAUCACGAAAGCGAGACCUACCUUGCGCGAUUCUGAUGACGAUGUCUACAAUCGUGUUGAUCUGAUCAGCGACUCAGAAGAGGAUGAGCCCAAUGUCGAGCAAUUGGAGGAAAGGAACAUUAUUGAAUCAGAGGAGGCUGACGAUCUCAACACUGCGCCAGCAUACCUUGAUGCAUCGGAUGGAUGGGAAGGAUUCGAACUCGAAGACGGCUUAUUCCUCGAGGAUGUUCCGUACUUUGACGAACGGUAUGGCCGCACUGAUUCGAACAUUCUCGACAGUGAGAUGGAGCUCUUUCAAUCGGCAAGCAUCUUCGAUGGAUUUCCUUCGCCUCCGCCACCAUCGCCAUCCCCUCGUCGGGUUCGUUUCAAGGAGCCAAUCUCGCAAUUAUCGAACGAUUCCGAUAUGGACUCGGAUCGCGGAGACAUCAACGUUCUCUUCUCUCCUGUUGUUACUCCUACUGUACCAUCAGGUGGGGAUCUGGACUUGGGUGGCCCAUAUUUGGAUUACGAAGACGACGAUGGCAGCUCUGUUGGAAGCUCCAGCGGGUACGAAACUGAUUAUGGCGACACCACUGAUGAAGAAGAUGUUCCAGCUUCUGCAACCAAACGACCACAGUCACUUCUUCGUCAGCCAUCGCUGUCGUCGCUGGAGCUCGAGGCUCAAGUUCCUGCCACGCCAGCAGCAAAUGGUCCAUUCACAUUCCCUGGAACUCCUGCCGGAUAUCGUCGUGGCCCACGCAUGGGUACCUGGAUAGUCGAUUCCACCAAACCAUGUGCGGUCAUCGACAGCACUGGUGAGAACAUGAUCAUCCGUCCCGCGACGCGUCCAUCUAAACCUAACGAUAUGUCUGUGUCAAUAGCCAACAGUAUCAUAAGCACUGCGAACGCAAGCCCGAUUGUUUCGCAGCCGACGUUGGGCAAUGCACCAGAUGGCAAUGGCAUUGACCCCAGUAGCUUUCCAAGUCAAGCCUCCAUGUACGAGUAUAAUGAUCCAGUACUUGGACCGGCCUCUGAUAUUUUGGCGGCUUCCGCUCCUCUUCCGGCUGGCCACAGCCGACAGCCUUCGAUGGAUCAUUCAUUUGCUGCAUCGUCUGUCUUCGUUCCCAUGGAUGCAAUGGGUAAUGUCAGCUCUUUUUUCGAAGACGACGACCUGAACGACGAUGAUGACGACGACGAUGCUCUCUUGAAUAUCGAUGACUUCAUUGAUUUUGGCGACGACUCCUCAGAGGACGGAGACCAAGCUGCAGGCGAUGAUUCGGCUCUAACAUCGCCUGUCACAACGGAAGGUCCUGGCCCGGUCCAAUUAAAGACACCGUCGCCUGAUGCUACUAUGGCUUCAGACGACCUUAUGAAACACCUCGAUAGGCACAUCGUGUCUGCAUUCCGUCGCGGACAGCCUCAUCACCAACCUCAACCGCGUCCUCGUCAUGGUAACUUGUCGUUGAACAGCUACGCACUCAAGGGUGGAAGGCAAGCUGCUGCCAAUGCUCCGAUGGGCCCUCAGAAGAAGCGCAAGAUGAGUGGGAGCUUCGGCCAUCGUCCAUCGUUUGGGGUUCCCGCUGCCAAGAGGAGAAUGAUUCAUCAUCGCUGA